GGCGGACAUGGAUUAGCGCGAAGAUUUUAAAUUUCAAGUACUAAAUGUUAAAUUACGGAAUAAAGAGGCCACAUAUUGGCUUUUUACAAGUACAUAUUAUUAAGUAAUACUUAUAGAUAGUCAACAUGGAUGAAAGACAUUGGUGGAUAGCUGGAAAAAUCCAGGAAACGUUUCACAUUGGAGGUUUUGAUAACCCCACUCUCCUGGAAGAUUUUAUGUGUGAAGAAGAAACUCUUGAUAUGAUAAAUCAGUUCUUAAAUGAAGGCGGACCAUGUCGAUUAUUUUUCUACACUGAAAAACCUGAAUCUGGACAACUUUCCACAAGAGAGCUUCAUUGCAUUGAUUCUCUUGCAUCAAUGAAAUCGGUGGAUUUGGAGAACAUUUCUGUGUUGUACUUUUUGCGUCAUUCAGUAGACAGAGAAGUAGACCCACUUCAUAUGGAGAGAGAUGUAUUUUGUGGUGAGCUGAAAAACAAUACAAUUGAGAACCUGACAUCGAUGUUGUCUGACAUAUUUAUACCUGCACUAAAGAAUCAAAAAGACUGGGGACAAUGCACAAGUGAUAGUCAGAUGCAGCUUAUGUAUAAUAUGGAGAAAUUCCAGUCAUCCUUACAAGAAACAAAUGCAAAUGCUCAUGCACACAAACAGUUGAUGCUAAAACAGCCUGAAAAUAUUGUAAAUAAUGAUUUCAAACAGCAUCGCUUGGCUGCAUUAGAUACUCAAAUUAUAUCUGAGUAUGAAGGUCUUCUAUCUGAUUGGAUUUCUACCAUAGAAGCUGUCUUGAUGGAUACAUCAGAUGAAAGAUUCAUGGAUCCAAAUGCAGGGCCAUUGUCAGAGCUUGAUAGGUGGCGUCGAAGACAGCGCCUCCUUACCAGUAUUACAGAACAACUUAAAUCAAAAGAAUGCAAGGCUGUUAUAGGUGUCCUUAUCACUGCAAAGUCUAGAUUGCUCAAGAAAUGGAAAACAAUAGAUGCAGGGAUAACAGAUGCAAUGAAUGAAACCAAGGAUAAAGUGAAGUACAUGGAAUCACUGAAGCGUCAUUUAGAUCAACUCUAUCAGGGGGCAACACCGAGCUCUAUAAUGUCAGUGGCGCUACCUGGCCUCACCAACAGUGUCAAACAGAUGGACUCCAUAUCUAGGUUCUAUGCAAGGGGAGGCUUUCUUGGACUUCUCUUUACUAAGAUCACAAAUCAGCUAGUGCUGGUGUGCAAGGAUUAUGUGAAAGAUGCUACCAUCAACACAGAUGAUGAGGACCAUCUCUGGGAGAAGGUUGAUGAAGAGAUUGAGUCAAGGGAUGCCCUACAGAACAUUGAUCCUCAUCACAGACACAUGCGCUUCCAAGUGGAAAAUAAACUCAAGGGUGGAAAGAAAAAGAGUAAGGACAGUAAAACUGAGGAAACAUUAUAUCAACGCCUUCGUGCCUGUCUUACACUACAGACAACAUACAGAGACAUGCUACGCUCAAUGAGAGACUCCCUUGGUGCCACCAAUAUGUUGUCACACUUCCACUCAAUGAGCAGCCUUGUCCCCAGUGUACAAGGAUCCAAGCAAGGCCCAAAGGUUAGCACACCCGGGACUGGGAUGUCCUCCACUCAUUCUAAGAAAGGAUCUGUGGCUGGGGAUCACUCUGGGCAUGGUGUUUCCAUCGCUGAUGAAGACAUCAUUCUGCAUCACAUGGACUCCUUCUGCGGCAGGAUCCGCCAGAUCAUGGAUGUUGUCAACACCCUAUCUCAAUACACCAGAGUAAUCAAAAGCACAAAUGGACUCCCCAGGCCAAGAAAGGAAGACCUUAUAUAUGAUGAAGCUUUAGAUUUCACCCGUGAGAAGAAGAUCAUAGAGGAACCACCUGAAAUGGAUGAUGAUCUUCCACUGCCAUCUAUUGGGCCACGCCCCUCUGACCGAGAGACCAGUAACCUUGUGCCAAUCACAGAAGAUGAGGAACUAAGGGUGGCAGCUCUACCUGGUGAGGAAGACAUGGAAGCAGACGGCAAGUCAGACACAAUGUCUGCAGCAGAUGAGCCUCCAGACUUAUUUGGUUCACAGCAGGGUCUGACCCGGGAGGAAGUUGCCAUACUUAAAAAAUACUACGAUGAAGACAAUCCUGGAGAAGGGCCGAGUGUGGCUGAGAUUAUAAAGGAGUCUUUACAAAACAUGCGUGGCUCAAUGGCGGAAAAUGUCACCACUAAGACUAUGAUGGAUGUGGAAACAAAAGACCGUGAAAGAUACGAGGAAACAUAUACCAACUUCUUGAUGCUUGUUCAAGAUCUUGAGAAGUUUCUUGCGUCAUACCUGCACGCCAUUUUUACCCGUAAAAUGAAAACAUCUGAGGCCUUGGAGCUCAUUACAAGGUUUACACCUAUAGGCAGUAGGCCAGGUGUCAGGGCAGCCAUCGCAGAAAAGUUUGUUGAGAUCUUUAACUGGUAUGAGGGUGACUUAGAGGAGGUCCAUCAUGUAUAUGAGAAGUACAAGGAUGAGCCACAAAAGUUACGCAAUGCCCCACCAGUCGCUGGCUCCAUCUAUUGGUCUAGACAAUUAUUAAAACGUAUUGAAGAACCAAUGAAAGUGUUCCGCGAUAAUCGUGCUGUAUCAAGCCUCAAAGAUUUCAGUCGGAUCGUAAAGAUCUAUAAUCGCCUAGCAACCGCUUUGGUGACAUUUGAGUCCUUGUGGUUCAGCCAAUGGAAACAGCACAUUGAGAUUGCUAAGAGAGGAAUGCAAGCCACGUUAUUCAUACAGCAUCCUUCGUCAAAACAGAUACUCGUCAAUGCAGAUGAAAGGGUUUUGGAGCUAAUCCAGGAGGCCAAGUGGCUGAAGAGACUGGGAAUUGCCAUUCCUGACUCUGCAGAGCAGGUCCUUGCUCAGGAACAGAGAUUCAAACAAUAUAAAAACCAUCUAGAACUGGUGCUCAAAGAGUACAAAGAUGUCUGUGAUUCUGUCCCUGAGUCUCUGAAAGCGCUGUUCAAACCCCACGCUGAUGCUGUUUUACAGCACUUUCAGCCUGGUCUCAGCACACUAGCCUGGAACAGCAUGAAUAUAGAUGCGUUCCUUCACCAGAUCCACUCCGCAACAACUAAGCUCCGCCUCUUAGUUGAACACAUCAAUGACGUCAUGACAACUAAGAUUGAGGGAACGGUUGUUAAGAUAGCUAGCAUGAUUUUGUUUGAUUAUGACCUAGCAUUCCACAGAUCUUGGCCUCCUCAUGAAUUCACAGCCUGUAUACUAGAGACAGUGGAGAAGAAGUCGAAACUGUUGUACCAAUAUGUUGAGGUCAUGGAAAAGGGCAUGUUAGAGAUAACAAACACUCUAACCAACAGAAAGGGGGAGGGUGUCAUGCUACCAAGUCAGGAGAAGGAAAAAGCGCGAAACAAGAAAAGCCGGCAGCUAUCAGCAGAAGAGAAUGAUCGCUUGAUUGCUCAAUUUAAGCAAGAAGAAAAACUUGUGGAAGAUCUUACAGUCCACUACUGCACCCAGCUCUACAAUGCUAUCCUAACUGCUACAACCCGCACCCUCGUUACACUAGCCGAGGCAUCAGGGUGUGAACUCCUGGGAGAAGUCGAACGUGUGGCAAGUGCUUUGUCCGAGGCCAGAUCCUUUGGGGAGAUGUCGGAUCCUGGAGGACAGACCAGCAGGCCGGUGUCAGUCAUGUCAGGAAUCUCAGGGGAGCAAAGACCAUCUUCAGUAUUAUCUAUGCUGUCAACAAUGACAUGGAGUACAGAGAAAGCACAAGAAAUAACAUUUCUACAGUUUGAAGUGCUUGUAAAGUUCAGUAUCCCCAACAUAAUUCUGGAACCAGAGCUUAACAGCAUACAAACAGCUGUAACAGAGGUUGCGUCAGCUGUUAUGGAAGUCUCUAAAAAUGUGACUUGGUUAGAAGGACAGAACAAAGGGGAGACAUUCUACCAGGGUCUGUCAGAAGAUGAAUCGACUAAAGAAUUGUUGCAAUCUCUACACAACGUCGUUGAAGAAUUACAGCCCAUAGUGCAGCAGCAUUUGCAUCACUUCAGUUUGUAUGACUUCCUGUGGAAAGAUGAUAUGCACGGAGACUUUUACGAGUUUAUCAAUCAUGAUCCUGGACUUGUUGCAAUUCAAAGAGAGGUUGAACGCCUUUUGAGAAUUGAAAAGAAGGUGAUGCGAAUCCCCUUGGUGUUACCUGUUGGAUCUAUCUGUCUACAAACAAGCCCUGUAAAGGAUGCACUGCAUGGCUUUGCUAUGGCCUGGAAAACUCAGUAUGCUUCUGUCCUCCAUGAAGAAGCUAAGAAAAAAUUAGAUGCAGCUUUAUUGUAUCGAUCAAAUGUAAGACAACGCCUGGAGUUGCAUGUUUCCACCCUAGACCAGCUGAACAGCACACUACAUUUACUGGAGGAGCUGCGUGAUAUGGAAAACAAGAUUGAUGAAAUAUAUCUGCCUAUAGAGACAAUGUAUGCCAAUCUCAGGGAAUUUGAGUUGAGGCUACCAAGGCAAGAAGUUGAGGAGGUUGAUGGACUUAGAGAUAGAUGGCAGGACCUGCUAGAGCUUGCUGAUGAGUGCCGUCACACACUUUUAAAGGAACGUCGAGGAGCAUUUGAACAGGAACUUGAUAAGCAAGUCAAGACAUUUGUAGUUGAGGUGAUCCAGUUCCGUAAUGCAUUUGAUGCCCAGGGCCCAGCAAUACCUGGUAUUCCCCCCUCAGAAGCUGUUGCCAGGCUACAUAACUUUCAGAAUAGGUACACCCUGUAUGACUCCAAGCGUAGGACACUAGAUUCUGUCUCUAGGUUGUUUGGGAUACCCUGUAAACCUUUCCCUGAGCUGGACCGCACAGGCGAGGAGCUAGUUUUGCUGGGGCUGCUGUACGGAUUGUUCCAGAAGUUCAUCAGGUUUGAUUCGUUGUUCAGAGACACCUUGUGGGCAGAAGUUGACUUAGAGGCAGCAACUAAAGAGGUUGAAUCGUAUUGGGAUGAGUGCCUGGCUCUGCCCAGUAAAUUGAAAGACUGGGAUGCUUACAAUGAAAUGAAGAAUGCCAUGCAGCAAUACCUAGAUGUGUUCCCCCUGCUUCAUAAACUGGCAUCUAAGGAAAUUCGUAAUCGUCAUUGGCUACAAGUGAUGCAGGUAACAGGGACGUCAUUCCAUCUGGAGGCCAACGUCUUCAAACUCUGCCAUCUUUUGGACAUAGGACUGCUCAAGCACAAGCCAGAGAUUGAGGAGAUAGCAAGAUGCGCCAGUAGAGAGCAGGAACUGGAGAUCAAGAUGAGGAUAACUGAAGAGGAAUGGACAGAACAGGUUCUUCAAUUUGAGCCAUACAAGAAACGAGGGCCAAUAUACUUGGAUAAGGCUUUCACAGAGAGGUUGCUAGAGCAACUGGAGGAUGCCCAGGCUUUGUUAGCUCAAAUGUUAACUUCAAGGUACAUAGGCCCACUGAGAGAAGAGGCAGCCUCCUGGGCAGAAAAGCUGAAGGAAGUGGCCCAAGUUCUGGAGCAAUGGGUUGAAGUACAAGACCUCUGGCAGUACCUAGAAGCUGUCUUUAGUAAUCCUUCAACAGCUAAGGAAUUACCACAAGAGGCGAAGAGAUACGGACGUAUUGACAAAGGAUGGACAAAGUUGAUGAAGCGAAUGUACGACACAAGGAAUGUUCUACAAUGCUGUUAUGGAGGCGAGGUCCCUAAGGGAGUUGUACUAAGACAUAUCUAUGAAGAACUGGAGAUAUGUUUCAAAUCACUCAUGGGAUAUCUGGAUAACAAACGGAGAUCUUUCCCAAGAUUUUAUUUUGUGUCGGAUCCAAUACUUCUUGCUAUUUUGAGUCACCCUAAUGAUCUGGAGUCUGUGAAGCCCCAUCUCAGGUCUAUUUUCACAAGUGUUACAGAUGUGACUCUUGUUAAAUCAGCCAUGUAUAACAGUCAGGAAACACUAGAUGAUCGCUAUGUGAGAACCGGUGGGCGUACCAUGACUCAUACCCCAGGAGACCACUCCCCUGGCCUGCUGUCAUCCCACGGGCCAAGUGCCACCCCACCACGUAUUGACAAACGGUUGAUGAUGAUACAUAAUAUCAAUGCACCAUCUCCGUCCCAUCCAAUGUCGACAAUGCUGCCAUCAGAGGGUGCUUUAGAGGAAGUUGAUAAGAAUGAAGCCACGGAAAUACAUAGCAUUGAGGGGGAGGUGCUCACCCUUGAAGAAAAUAUUCCAUUGAAAGAUGGCGUUGAGGUGUGGUUGAGUAAAUUGAAGGAGUGUAUCACAUCAACGCUCCAUACUCAGAUAAAGCAGAUCAUUACAGAUGUCAACCUUAACUCUCCAGUAGAGGAUUGGGCAUAUAAGUACCCAUCCCAGGUUUGUAAGAUGGGACUCCUCUACCUUUGGACCAAGGAAUGUGAGGCAGGAGUAGCGGAGAUCAAAUAUGACCGCAAGUCUAUUCCAAACACGUUACGCAGAUUUGGGAGUCAGGUUUCUCGCCUGCCAUCUGUGAUCACCCGUGGUGCUUGGAAGAACUUUGAAGACACCAUGCUCCCAAUUCAUAGACUCAGGCUUGAGAUAGUGCUCACGCAAUCCAUCUUUCUGAAAGAUGUCCUUGACAACAUGUGUAAUAGGAAGUUGCGGGAACCAACAGAUUUUGAUUGGAGGAGAAAUGUCCGUUGCUACCUUCAUAAUGUUGAUGGACAACAGGAGCCAUUGCUGUACAUCUUAGAUAGUAGCUACAAGUAUGGAUGUGAGUUCUAUGGUGCUCAGCCUGGGAUAGCUAUCACCCCUCAGUCUGAGAGGAGCUUCCUGUCUAUGAACCAUGCUAUAUCAUCAUGUAGGGGUGCAGCACUUGUGGGACAGACUGGUGUUGGAAAAACAGAAACAGUAAAGGGCAUGGGCCAGAUGUUUGGAAUGCACCUGGGUGUGUUCCAAAGCUCCCCCUAUUCCAACCCUACAUCAGUGGGACGAUUGCUACAAGGAAUGUCCAUGGAUGGAUGUUGGGGCUUGCUGGAUGACUUUCAACUAAUGGGACGUGAGGCGUUAUCCGUGUUCCUGGACCACAGCCAGGCCAUACUUGGGGCACUAAGAUCACGUAGCAAAUACUGCUAUCUUGGAGAGGGUCAAGAGAUAUCUGUGAGUCCAAAGACAGCCAUGUUUAUGACAGUGAACCCUGGGACGCCAGUGCGAUCAUACACCCUGCCCAAUGAGGUGAAGUCGUUGUUUAGGACCAUAUCCCUUCUAAAACCUGACUAUUCCUCCAUAUUGAAGGCCAAGUGUUCAUCAUAUGGCUUCAAAGCCUCGGGACUACUUGGAUUGCGAUUGAAGAUUGUCAGUGAUUUGGCCAAAGACCAAUUGCCCAGAGAGUUCCACAACCAAUUCAGUGUGGCUGCUAUGAAUGGAGUCCUUAGAAAGGCUUCCCUGAAGAAGAAGAACAUCAAAGAAGACAGGAGUAUGAUUGAUAAACUUGAGAAAGAGAAGACAACUGGGAGCCUUAAAGAAGAUGGAUCAAGAUCCAACAGCCAAGCCUCCCUUCAGCCUCCAACCAAUCAGAGUGCAGCGAACUUGAUCAGUCCCAUACAAAGUGGUAGCCGCACCCAGCAACCAGCUAGGAAAACAACAACCCCUAAUCCAAUGUCUGCUGCAGCUAAGACAGAGCACGCAAUUGUGGGUCAAACACUGAAAGAAAUUAUAGGUCCAAGGCUCUUUGGUGAAAGUCUGAACAUUUUCCGUCAUAUUGUUCGUGAUAUUUUCUAUGGUUUACCUGAACCCCCUACUACAAACACAGCUGCAUCUGCCCGCACUAGAAAGUUUGACGUUGAAGCUGCAUUGGAGCAAACAGCAUCUGAGAAUAAUCUAGUUGCUCAUAAACUCUGGUUAGACAAGUGCAUGCAGCUUUACAAUGUUUCCCAGGUUCACCAUGGCAUAAUCUUAGCUGGACCUCCAGGAUCAGGGAAGUCAACGUGCCUGCAAAUGCUGGUGGAUGCAUUAUGUGUCACCCCCAGGGGUCUUUCUCGUCACUCCCACCGUAGUGGCACAACAAACCCUGCUGAGAACAAUCAUAAGCUUCAGAGAGUGAACCCCCUGGUCGUGGAUGAUCUCUCACUCAUGUUUGGAUACCUCAAUCAGAACAACGACUGGGUGGAUGGCAUAUUCACUAACAUGUGGAAAAAGGCCAAUAGGAACUUGAGCACAACAUGGCUAUGUCUUGAUGGCCCUUUGAAUGCAUCAUGGGCUGACAACUUCAGUAGCGUCAUGGAUGGUGGCAAGGUCCUCAACCUGAAGAAUGGUGACCACCUGUUCCUAUCUGAUAAUGUCAACUUGGUGUUUGAGACAGAUACUCUCACACUUGCAUCGCCAGCAACCAUUGCUAGAUGUGGUAUCGUAUUCAUGGAUAAGAAUGUUGUCGGCUGGCGACCAAUUGCAAAGGCUUGGCUUGGAAACCGCACACAACAGGAAGUGCAUGUUCUGCAGAGAGCCUUUGACAAAACAGUGGAGGUUUUGUCUCACUUUGUCAUACAUGAAGCAAGGCCCAGACUUAAGCUGAAUGAGGUUGGGAUGUUCAAGACUUGUAUUGACCUCCUCUCUGCAAUGCUCUCUGACAAUGUUGAAAUAGGUGGCGAAAUGCAUAUAGAGCGCCUUUAUCUCUUCUGCCUUAUUUGGUCAUUCGGAGGACUGCUGGAAGAGAAGGACAUCAAGGGAUUCAGCGACUUACUGAAAACAUUGUCAACAGCGUUACCAGAUGAUGAUCGUGACAUCUGUGUAUUUGAUUACUACGUGGAUGAGUCUGGAGAGUGGGACCCUUGGCAAUCCAGAGUACCAGAGAAUCAAUUUUCUGAUGACAGCAGUUUCCUUGGAGACGUAUUUGUUGAUACAAUAGACACUAUCCGAACCCGUAUCUUGAUGGAGUUUGCAUGUGCCUCUAAACAGCAUAUUCUACUGGUGGGGCCCCCUGGUGCUGGAAAGACAGUCAUGAUUAACGACUUCUUGGACAGUCAAGAUUCCCAGUCAGUUGUCACAAAGAGGCUUGUCUUCUCAGGAUCUUCCAAUGCCAAGCAGCUGCAGACAUAUGUGGAGUCUAACAUUUACCACAGACAAGGGUUUGUAUAUGGAGGCAAGGACAGUAAGAAGCUGAAUCUGUUCAUUGAUGAUCUAAACAUGCCAAGCACUGAUACAGAUGGCGUACAGAGAUGCAAUGAGUUGUUGCGUCAGGUCAUGGACAAUAAUAUGCUAUGUACGCUUCAAAGACCAUUUGAAUGGAAGACAAUAGAGGGCCUCACAGUGUUCUCGGCUAUAGGAAUUAAUGAGAACCCUAGUGUCACCAACAGAACUCUGGAUGAUAGACUUUUGCGCCACUUUGCAGUGUUAUGUCUACCAGCGCCACGUGACGAGGGACUCAAGUGUAUAGUGAAUGGUGUACUAGAGGCUACGAUGCUACAAAGUGGAAGUUCUGGCUUGGACAUUGACCUGCACAACUCCAUAGUCUCUGCCUCAUGUACUCUCCUCAACACAGUGCAGAAAAUCCUCCGUCCUUCACCCAUGCCAGGGAGACAUCAUUAUUUGUAUACCCUCCGUGACAUCGUCAACUGCUUCAUGUGUUUGCGACGCUUACCUGAUGAAAGUAGGGCAGAGCACACAAUGGUCAUAUCACUAUGGAAACACGAAAUGAGUCACAUUCUACGAGACAGACUCUGCAGAUACAACGAUCAGCUUUGGUUUGAUGACAACCUGAAUAAUAUAAUAUCAGAUACAUGGCCAGACUUAGAGCCAGAACAAAUUCACCAAUACUUUGUGACAUUCCCAAUUGACGCCAGGGUCUAUCAAAGACCUGUCACUUCUAUAUCAUACAAGCAGAUCAAAGUAGUCCUCCAACCUGUCGAUACUCUUAAAGAAGUCCACAACUGCCUUAACACCCAUUUAACACGCUACAAUGAGGAGUUUGGCAAUGUCCAGCUUGACCUGAUGUUAUCUGACUAUGUCAUCUCACAUAUUAUUAGAAUGCACAGAGUUCUCAGCUUUCACCAUCAGGGUAACAUAUUACUGAUAGGAGCUCUGGGUUCAAAGUUGUCUACCCUCUGUAAGCUUGCCCUACAUGUGGCAGAUUGCCCCAUUCAUGAUGUGGACUGUAGCAAACAGAAUACAUUCUUUGAUGGCCUCAGGUCUGCAUUGAGGCUCAGUGGCUCUGAGGGCAAAGUUAAAACCCUGUUGUUCACGGCCAGAGACUUGCAGGAUGAGAUCUAUCUUGAUGCCAUCAACAGUUUGUUAGUAUGUGGGGAGUACCCUCAUCUCUUUACUAAUGAUGAGAUGGAUGGACUACUCCAGGCCAUCAUACCAGCCAUGAAGAGAGACCACCCCAGCCUGUCUGACCCUAUGAAGUUCUUUGUGUCCAGAGUGAAAAUGAACCUUCAUAUAAUCCUCUGCCUGCCACCAUCUCAUAGGCUGAUAAAGAAUGCAGCAAGCUAUUACCCUGGACUGUUGACUGGCUGCCAGGUAGACUGGAUGUGUGACUGGCCCCAGGAGUCUCUACUGGGAGAGGCUAACUACUAUGUCCUCAAACACAACCUUACCCAAGACAUAGAAGCACUGGGUGAGCAUAUCACAACAUGCCUAGCAAACAUCCACAGUUUUAUUCUACGUGACUGCAAGCAGAUGCCAUGGGCUGGUGACCUUGCAGACGAGGUCAGUAUUACACAGGUCAAGGUCAUUGAUAAGAAGAAGGACAUCCUGAAAACGACUAAUCUGAAAGUGCGGAACAUGCCAUACUCUAAACACAUGCUGCUGGAGCACAUCAAGUUACGACACAAGCGCGAUGACAUCCCAGGAAAGAAUGAAGUAUUUAUCGGACCAAAUACAUAUAAACGUUGUCUUGACUGUUUCCGCUACCUCUAUACAGUAAAAUCCAAAGAGAGGACAGAGAAAGUGAACAAGCUAUUGAAAGUGAUCAGUACACUGGACCAAACCAGAGAAGAUGCCAAUGUCAUGAAGAAACAUAUGAGAGAGGUCAAAGUCAAAUUUGAAAAUUCUUGUGUCAAGGUGACUGGUUUACUGGAUGAAUUGACUGGCAAGGCAACAUUGCUUGAGAAACUCAAGGCAAGAGUGGGAGAGAGUACAUCACUCAGUGCAUUCCUUCAGCUCAAUGAACUCAGCUCAGAUGAAGAAGAAGAUGAUGCGUUACUCGGAGAAGAAGAAGCAGAUGAAUAUGAUGAAGAAUUUGAAAAGAUGCGAGAGGCGAAUCUUAAAACUCGAAUCACGCAAGCCAUUGAGGAAAAAACAGAGGCAGAAAAACGAGUUGAGGCUGCGAGAGUUAAGCUUGGAUAUCAGAGACAACAAGUUGAACAUUGGCAAAAGAAAGUUGACCGAUCCACCAUAGAGAGACUGAAAAACUUCAAGGACCCACCAAUCAUGGUGGGGCACAUAAUGGAGAUGAUCAUGACUCUAAUAGGGAAGCGUAAGAUUGAUAAUGUUAAAGAACCAAAAGAGACAAACACAAAGGAGGAGAUGUCAGGACGCAUGUCUGCCAGCUCUAGUAGCAUUCAACUAACAAAGAAACAGAGUAAGACGGUAAACACCAAUGAGAGAGUUGACAGAAAUACAUGGAAAGCCAUGCAGAUUACAAUGGCGGACUCUCAGAAGUUUGUGGACAUGAUGCACAAUGUCCCCUGGGAGGAUGGCCUCUCUAAGAAUGUCAUAGCUGCUAUUGAAAGCUUUCUGGCUAAGAGCAAAGAUGGUCAGCUUGGUGUCACAGGAGAGGGUUCUCUGCUAGAAGAUGCAAAAGACACAUCAUUCCAAGCGAAGCGUAGGUCUCCCUCCAACCUAGAUAACCCCAAGGGCAUCACUAUAGCUGCAGCUAAAUACUCAUCUGAGGAUGCUGUUACCUUGGUCCAAUACACCAUAGCCAUAGUUGAGUACAGUCGAUUCUGUGGUCCACUUAAGACUGCUUUGGAGAAACUUCACGAAUUGGAAAGAGAGAUUGAAGAAAAUGAACGCAUGCAGAAAGACAGAGAUGAAAGAUCAUCAGCUGGUGGGCACCAAAGUGCUACAGAUGAGGCCGACAUUGAUGACGAGGAACUUGACGAGGACCAAUUACCCAAGAUUCAGUCUGAGGUUGAUGCCCUACAAGCUCAGUUUGACGCUGCGGUUGUUGAAAAACAUUCACUUGAACUAGAGUUGCAGAGCAUGAAUGAUCGCUUGAAGGCAGCCACUGACGUCAUAGAGAGCAUGAGACAACAAGAGUUGCUAUGGAGACAGCAUUGUAAAGAGUACGACUGCAAUGAAGUGUUGUUAGCCAAUUGUAUCGCAGCAGCGGCAUUCCUUACAUACUGUGGCAGUAUGAAUACAGAUGUACGACAGCGCAUGGGGGAAUUCUUCAUGUUUGUGUGCGAGCACCAUGGGGUGCCAUUGGCUAAGAAGCAGUUGUUCCGCAACAUGGACUUGGUUGAAUUCUUGUAUAGUCCAAUUCACAUCAAGGAAUUGGAACUGUUGAGGUUACCCCAGACCCGCCUGCUCCUGGAGAAUGCAUGCUUUGUCAUGCAGGAGGAGAGUUGUUCCGCAUGGCCACUCAUCUGUGACCCUGCGAGCCGCAUCAUAGACUGGCUGCAGUAUUUCCUUAAAGGGAAAGGCCUGGUGGAGGUCAGAUAUCAUGAGAUACGAUCCCAGUUAGAGACGUGUCUAUCAGAUGGAGUCCCCCUUUUGGUGACAGAUUGCGACCCAGCCCUGCUCUGUAAGGAUGAGAGGUUCCGUGAGGUGAUUGCUUCUAGAAACAAGUUCAUCCAUGGGAAAACUCCAUUCAAAUUAUGGGUUGGAGACCAUGAGGUUGAAUGUGAGCCUAGUUUCCGUAUGUACCUACACACAACCCAUCAACCACACACACUUCCUCCUGAACUAGCUGCAAGACUAGCUGUCACAUACUUUCUGGAGUCUAGAUAUGAUUUGGAAGAGGAGCUACUGGACAGAUUUAUGGCAAAAGAGAAGUCCAGAUUGGAUGAUGAGAAAUCUACAUACCUAAUGGAGAAACUUGAGAAUAUGAAGUUCCUGGAGAAGAUAGAGGGCGCCAUGGCUGAUCUGCUAUCUAGUGAUGUCAGACUGAUGAACAAUCUAACUGCGACUAAGAAGUUAGCUGAGUUGAAGAAACAGUUUGAUGAGACAGUCGAGAGUCAAGGAAGAGUUGAAGCCAAUGAGGGGUCAAUACUACGGGCAAGGGAAGGUUUCCGCUCCAUUGCACAGCGAGGGGCUGUUUGUUUCGAUACAAUGAUGUACCUAAGUGAGAUCAGCCCCCUCUAUCAGACAUCCUACCAGUAUUGUUUGCGCAUAUACGAUGGCUGCAUCAGUCACUCUGAGAGGUCAGCAGUGAAGGCAGUUGUGGAGAGAAUGACUGUCAACUGUUAUGCAUUGACAUCAAAAGGACUCUCAGAGAGUGACAGGACAAUAUAUUCAAUGAUGCUUGCAAUAGAGAUUGAAGAUUCUUUGGGAAAUGUGGGUCCCGGUGAACGAGAGUAUCUCAUCUCUCCACAAUAUGGCGCUGUUUCAAUGACAGCGAUGGGGAUUAAUCAAACAGUAGAACCUCGUAUUACACAAGCUAAGAAGCUAUUUGAUUGGAUGACUGAUGAACAAUUCCAUCAUUUACAACUACUUGCCAUCCAUUUUGAAUGGUUUCAAGAUAUGUUUGAUCGUAUGCCACGAGAUGGUCGUGAAACUCAGUGGCGGAAUAUUUGUGAGCAUGACCACCCAGAACAUUACCCUCUACCAGACAAAAUGGAUGACUCGUACACACCCCUGCAGCGGUUCAUGGUUAUUCGCUCUGUUAGGCCAGACAAGCUUCUUCAGGCCACUACAGUUUUUGUCUCUGCUGUGCUUGGAAAAAGAUUCAUUGGUGAGUCAGCCAUAGAUCUAGGUAUACUUUGGAAACAUAGCUGCCCUAAGAUCCCCCUUCUGCUGUUAUACAACCAUGAGCCAGAGAACCCAGAGAGACUGUUCCAAGACUUGGCUAGUAAGAAAGGGGUGAGGACAAUGCAGGUGGCCUUCACAGCAUCAGGCCACAAUGAGGAGAAACUUGCAAAGAAAUAUCUGAGGAAAGCCAUGGCUGAUGGCCUAUGGGUGUUGCUACACAAUGCCCACAAUGCUAUCCACCUGGUGAAUGCACUGGAGUCAAUGUUCAAUGAAGCAGAACAAAUAGAUUCUUCAUUUAGAUGCUUCCUCUCUGCUGAAGCAAAGUCACCUCUUCCCGAAAGAGUACUACAGAAUUCAAUCAAGAUCAAUGUUGAUUCUCCUAAGGCUAUGAAGGACAAUCUAAUCAGGGCCUUCAGUGCCAUGGAUAUGGACAUGAUCAAACAGAGUUCAAGGCCAGAGUGGGCAGCUCUGCUACACAACAUUGUGUAUCUCCAUGGUGCUCUUAAACUGAGGGCUAGAUUCACAUCAGGUGGCUGGAACAACUAUGAGGAUUUCAACCAGUUUGGGGGCAAUGAACUUAUGGAAGCGUUGUCAAUAGCAACUGGAGAAUGCAAAGACAAUCUUCAGGCAGUUGCAGCAGAUGGUUCUCUUGUAGUUCGUACAACGUCAUGGAUGGGAAUUCGUUACAUGCUCAGUGAGGUGAUAUAUGGCAGUUAUGUGACAGAUGUGACGGAUCAGAACUCUAUAAGUGCUAUGAUAGAUUAUUGGAUGUCACCUGCUGCUGUUAAGAGAGACUUUGAACUACCUAAGUUGAAAUAUAAACAUCCAGGACCUUUCACGUCUCACAACCCAAGACUUGCCUUAAUGCUGCAGGCUCUAGAGAACCUGCCUAAUCACUUUUUGGAUGUUCCUGAAGCAGCUAAUCUUCACCACAGUGUAGAGACGCUAAUAGGAGAGGACCAGUAUGUAUUCACCAGGCUAAACAAAAUAUAUGACGCAAUGCCAUCAUCAAAAACUCUCAGCCACAAGCUAUUCCCUAGACCCCCUACACCAUUCCUGGGCUCUCCCCUGUGUAAUAUCAGUACCACCAACAGUAAUCUCCAAGUAGUAGACCGUGGGGUGUUUGCUGGAGCUAGUUACGCAUCAACGAAGAUGAAGAAAGAACAGGAAUUAUGGGAGAUUUGUCAUACUAUGAUUCCGAAAGUUCCACGUGCUUACAGCAAGGAUUAUGUAACUGAGCGUAUAAAGAAGAUUGGAGGUUACAGUAUCUUUAAUUUGUACAUCAUCCGAGAGUUGGAGCUCAUGUAUAAACUCCUUACUGAGAUCAAGACAACAUUACAGGCAAUCAAGGCUGCUUGUGAAGUGAACACUUUAGGUGACCAGUUGUCUCCUAGAAUAGUAGCAGCUGCUGAUGAUCUCUAUUACAACCGUAUCCCUAAACGUUGGUGUGAGCUUGCGGGAGAUACAGCGCCACCUUUGAACUGGGGCCUUGCUGUUUGGCUACAGGAUCUUCAAGCUCGAUGUCAACACUUUGAGAGAAUACUAGUCUCUGGUCGUGAGAAAAUGCCAGCCUAUUGGCUAGGUGCAUUCUUCCAUCCAAGGGGACUACUAGCUCUACUGAAGCAAGAGGCUCAUCGUUCUUAUGCUCGACAAGACAGAACUGGAAACAUUGAACAGUUUGUGUUUCAGACAGAAAUUACAUCAAGAGAUAAAGAUCACUUACGUGAUCCACCCCAGGAGGGCAUGUUUGUAUUUGGUCUGUUUAUGUGGGGAUGCAGCUGGGAGAAAACCACUGGAGAGCUCCAAGACUCUGCCCCUCGUCAUGCCUGCACUGCCCUCCCCGUCAUCCACGUCACUUGUUGGCCCCAGCACGACAAGCCAAUCAUACAAGACCCUGCCCGUGCACUGGAAAUCUACCAGUGUCCUGUAUACCAGAGUAGGAUUUCACAGCGUGAGCCGAUCAUGGAAGUUGAUGUGCGGCACGAGAACGUUGCAUCAUCACGUUGGGCGUUAAGAGGACUAUCUGCUACUGUGCGACCAUAUUAGAUUAUCAGUUGAUAUUAUAAAAUGCUCAUGGAGUGUAAUUAUUCCAAAGACAUUUUAGGAAAUUGGUCACUUUCGGAAUUAAUGUAAUGUUUAUAAUGAGAUUAACCAGUUGAUAUUAUUUAUUAUUGCUCAUAGUUUUUGCAUUUUAUUAUCAUUGUUAAUUAUUGUUUAAAGUGCAUAUAUUUAUUUUUAAUACUUCAACUAUACAAAGAUAUCCGUCCAAGACAUUUGUAAAAUACAUGUAAAUAUAUAAGAAUGUGAUAUUGCAUUUUAAACUUAUAUCUUGAAGAGAGCCCAUGAAGAUAUUUACAAAGAUUCAAAACAUGACAUGACUUAUUUUAGAAAAAUAUAAAAACUCGCUAAAGAUUUUUGAAGUAUGAAUUUUUGCAGUUCUACAAAUAAUAUUGAGAACCAGAUUUACAAUUUUGUUGGCAUUUGAAUGUGAUAUUCGAAUAACAGUUCAAGUGUAUUGUAAAUGAAAAAAGAUCUAGAUUAUUACAUAUAAAUCUCACUUUAUUUAAAA